ACUUCUCCGAGAUCGAAUAAAAAGGAAAGGCUUCUGAGCCCGCCACGGUCCUCUGCCCUUCCGGCUGCCUGCCGCGAGGCCCCCAGCGGCCACCCUACCCAAAAGUCGCCGGUGGCGACGUGCCCCCGCCUCUAGGCUCCAGCUCCGCGCGCAAGAGAGAGGCGGCCCGCGGCGCGGCUCACUCUUCGGCGGCUCCCGGCUUGCGCGCAAAACUUCCACCCGGACGGCGCCCGGCAGCAGUUGCCUUAGAGAAGGGACCAGGCUGCGGGGACCUGCGGAGGGACGCCCGGCGCGCGCGCUUUCUCUUUUCUUCUGCCUUCCCCACCGCUCGGCUGCCGGGACUUUUGGCUCCUCUCCUUUCCUCCUCCCCCCUCGCAGCCGGCUCCCCCACCCCGCCCUGUUUCUCCCCCACUUGUGUAAGCUAUUUGUUGGGGGUGGCCGAAAGGGAUGUCCUGUUUUCACCAGAGACACAGCGCGAAGGGAAAACUUCGACACUGGAAGGAACGAGAGUAAAUACCCAGAUCGGACCGGCGGAUUACGGGCUAGGACAGACAAUUGAACUUCAGGAGCCCAAGGCGGUCCAGGCCGCCAGAGAUCUUCAACUUUCAAUUAAAGGAAGCUGCUUCUACGUGGGGGUGGCAAGAGCAGCGAGAGAACCACAUGGACGACACCCAGGACCUAAAUGAGCAAUCAGUAAAGAAAACGUGCCCAGAAUCCGAUGUUUCAGAACCCCAGAAUUCCAGGUCUAUGGAAAUGCAAGACCUAGCGAGUCCCCAUGCCUUGGUAGGAGGCAGUGAUACACAUGGGGGCUCUAAACUGGAUAAAUCCAGUCUCAGCAGCACGUCAGUCACAACAAAUGGGACAGGAGUGUCUCUUCUUGCAGUCAAAACAGAGCCCUUGAACAGCAAUGAAACCGCAAGCACGACCGGAGAUGGAGCGCUUGACACUUUUACUGGGUCAGUAAUAACGAGUAGCGGCUACAGCCCCAGAUCAGCGCACCAGUAUUCCCCACAGCUGUAUCCCUCCAAGCCCUAUCCACACAUUCUUUCUACACCAGCAGCUCAAACGAUGUCGGCCUAUGCAGGCCAGACUCAGUAUUCGGGGAUGCAGCAGCCAGCUGUCUACACAGCCUACUCACAGACAGGACAGACCUACAGCCUGCCUGCUUAUGAUCUUGGUGUGAUGUUGCCAGCCAUCAAGACAGAAAGUGGGCUUUCCCAAACUCAGUCUCCAUUACAGAGUGGUUGCCUCAGUUACAGCCCUGGGUUUUCUACCCCACAACCAGGCCAGACACCUUACUCUUACCAAAUGCCAGGCUCCAGUUUCGCACCAUCAUCUACCAUUUAUGCAAAUAAUUCCGUUUCCAAUUCAACAAAUUUCAGUGGCUCCCAACAGGAUUACCCAUCCUACACAGCCUUUGGCCAAAACCAAUAUGCUCAGUAUUACUCGGCAUCCACCUAUGGGGCAUAUAUGGCAUCCAACAACACAGCCGAUGGCACAACAUCGUCAGCCUCAACUUACCAGCUGCAGGAAGCUCUCCCAGGUCUGACUAGCCAGCCAGGAGAGUUUGAUACGGUGCAGAGCCCCUCCACACCAAUCAAAGACCUUGAUGACAGAACAUGUAGAAGUUCUGGGCCAAAGUCUCGAGGAAGAGGCCGGAAAAACAACCCCUCACCACCACCGGACAGUGACCUGGAGCGUGUAUUCGUCUGGGACUUGGAUGAAACCAUCAUUGUCUUCCACUCUCUCCUCACUGGCUCUUACGCACAGAAGUAUGGCAAGGAUCCCCCAAUGGCUGUGACCCUCGGGCUCCGAAUGGAGGAAAUGAUCUUUAAUCUUGCUGAUACGCAUUUGUUUUUUAAUGACUUAGAGGAGUGUGAUCAAGUUCACAUAGAUGAUGUUUCCUCAGACGACAACGGUCAGGACUUAAGUACCUACAGUUUUGCAACUGAUGGCUUCCAUGCAGCUGCAAGUAGUGCGAACCUUUGUUUGCCAACAGGUGUGAGAGGAGGAGUGGACUGGAUGAGGAAGUUGGCUUUUCGCUACAGAAGAGUAAAGGAAUUAUAUAACACAUACAAGAACAAUGUCGGAGGACUCCUUGGCCCUGCCAAGAGGGAUGCGUGGCUGCAAUUAAGGGCAGAGAUCGAAGGCCUAACAGAUUCCUGGCUAACGAAUGCACUUAAGUCUUUAUCAAUUAUUAGUACUAGGAGUAACUGUGUAAACGUCUUGGUAACGACAACGCAGCUGAUCCCGGCCCUGGCGAAGAUCCUGCUCUACAGCCUAGGAGGUGCUUUUCCCAUUGAGAACAUUUACAGUGCAACGAAAAUAGGAAAAGAAAGUUGCUUUGAACGAAUAAUGCAAAGGUUUGGCAGAAAAGUAGUAUAUGUUGUAAUUGGGGAUGGUGUAGAAGAAGAGCAGGCAGCGAAAAAGCACAACAUGCCCUUUUGGAGGAUAUCAAGCCACUCGGACCUCUUGGCUCUACAUCAAGCACUGGAAUUAGAGUAUUUGUAACUGUAUUCUCUAGCUGGGAAUCCAUUGGUUUUUUUUAUAUUUCAAGUACACUGAAUUUUUAUGUGUGAUCCAAUGCCGCUGGCUUCUUCUCCACAUCUAAAUGGUCUUAAAGGAGGAAAUCAUGCUUGGAAUGAGAACUCCAAAGUGAAGAAUUCAGGUUGCUGAAUGGAAUUAAACUGUAGUGUUGCAGAAAGGAAACUCUAUGGUCUUAUUAUCUUUACAAUACUUUCAUGGUUUAAAAAAAAAAAUCUGUGGACGUUGCUGACAGCCACCAAAUGAGUCCUAACUGGAAUUAACAGCUUUAGUAAAGAACUCGAGCCCUCCAGACCACAGCACCUGUUCUGCCUCUGACAAGGUGGUCGAAAACAUUCCUCAAAAUGAGAGUUCUUCUCACCCCUGAGGUUUGAAUCUGACUUUUAGCCUACCUAGCCCAGAAAAUCUGAAUCUGAAUGCACUCAGACUGUAUACUGACAGUCCUAUCUAGACCUGUAAUUUGUGUAAAUUAUUGAUGGAAAUAAUUUACUGUGACUUUAUUAGCAGCUGACUCUGAAAGUGAUGCAAUUGUUCUUUUCUUUGUCGGGGCGGGAAGAGGGCCAGGGAAAUGGAAAUAUAAUAUUGUCUCUUUUUUUAAGUUUGGCAAAGAGAAUGUUCAUACUGAUGUGUUGUGCCUUAAAGACAAGACAGCGUUUGUGUGUUACAAUGUAACUUUGGUUAAAGUCUCUGUAGAUAAUGAAAGACAAAAUAAACAAACAAACAAACAGAAAACCAAAAAAAAACCGAAACAAACAAAAAGCUUGGUAAUAAUCCUUGACAUGACCAAAUUUAAAAUUCAGACUGGCAUUUUAAUACUGAAUCAUCAACAAACUGAGGAUUUAUUAGAAUGAGAAACCAAUCGUAAUACUACAAGAAGGCUUGCAUCUUAUUUGGCUUCUGAAUAUUUCCAGUAAUAGGUAAGAGUCAACUAUCUCAGCAUCAAUAAGCAAAAGGUUUGGGAAACAGUGAAUUCUUUAUUUCUAAAGUGAAAUAUAUGUUGAUGUCGCAACUAUCCUUUCUUAAAGUUUUCUGGAAGAAAACUAAGAGCCAUGUCAAUUUACCCAAUUUCAAUUUAAGAUUCUGGACAUGUGUAAAUUGCUUAGAGAAAGAUAUUAUGGUGCAAAUCAUUAGCAAAUAUUCUUCAAGUCAUUUUUAUAAUAUGCUAUGACUAUAGCUUAACAUGCACAUUGAGUGGACACGACAGAAUACGUUUGUCUUCCAUUGCACUGCAAAAGCGAGUCCCCUCAAUGAUAGAAGGCAGGUCUAUCAGAUAGCUCCCACGGGAGAAAACACUGAGUCUAUGAAGUUUUUUUAUAGAAUAUCAUCAUAAAUUCAUUAUCAGACAAGCUAGGUCUUGACAAUAUCACCAGAUAUCAACAGUAAAGGGGAUUAGCUCUCCUUGGAACACAUUAGUCCAGGGUCUUCCCAUUUACAGACAGGAAUACAUUGGUUUCCUCUUAGUAUGGUUGCUGAACAAGGCCUGCAUUCAUUGCCGGGAGGGCCUGCCAUCAUUGUGUCUGCAUGUCUUUUUGUUUUGCUGGUGUGUAGCCUGUGUUGGUGACAUGAUACAGAUUCUCUCAUUGGCUAUGACACGGUUGGCCUUGUGGAAAUUCAUGACUUCAAGAAGUAAAAUGUGCUAAUGGUGUAAACACCUGAAGCUCUGCACUCUGAACGGCGUCAGAUAGACCCUAGAGUCCAGCUGUUAGUGCCUCUCGUCUGAGGCUAGUUCAUGACAGCUCAUUGCCCGAGCCUUCUGCAACUCAAAUAAGACAAAUGCUUUGCUCAAACAUCGCAAUGAGUACUCUGGAGGGAGAGCUGUCUUUCUUUAGAGAAUGAUGAGGCUCCGUGUGGGGUAGAAAGAUAAUGAGAUAAUUCUGCAGAAGAUAGGGAAUCCUUAUACGAUCCUCAUAGAUUAAAUGUGGCUUUGGCUACCUUUUCCCAUAAUGCUAUAGUGGCUAAUUAUGAUGGGAAUAUUUUAAUCCUAAUAAUAUUAACAGUAAAUUUUACACUUCUGCGGAUCUUCAGCUUGAAACUGGUUAAAAGGUUAAAGACUAUUUUUUUAUUACCAGUACUCAUUUGUGAAUCUAAACAUUAAAUAUUUAUUACUAUGAUAAAAUGAAGUUAGUUUGGCACACAGCCAGUUUCUCUCGUGGCUAGACUUGUGGCCCUGCAUCAAAAGUUUUAAUUCUUUUUAGAAUCUGAUGAACAAGGCUUCUAACACUGCUCCACUUGAGGGCCAGACAGACUCCCCUUUUUCCAAGGACUCCAAGGGCUGGCUGAUGGCAUACUUCUUCCUCCCCAGCCCCCCAGAGUAUCUGUCCAGAGGAGACAGCCAAUGCAACACCAGCAAUGGUGGCAGCCAGAAAGCCAUGGGCCCAGCCUGGUCAUGUGACUUUGAGCAAGCUCAGACUACAACUCUUUCCUUCCCACCUUAGGACAGGAAAAUCUUCUUUCUUUCUUGAAAAACAAAAAAACAAGAAAAAUAUAACCUCAGACAACCAACAAUAAAGAAAGCAGCCCCAUGGGCACUUCCUACAUUCUGUUUUUGUGUAGAAUACUGUGCCUUGCUGUAAAUGAGUUUGAAAACCAUUCUUCAACUCAGGUGGGGUUUGGGCUAUUACAUAUUCAAAUGUGGUAUGAUAUUAGAAAAACAAGAACUGCCUUAUAUUGCACCUUUAAAAUAUCAAGACCCUAUCAUUUGAGUAAUAAAAUAGGUGGCCUGACUAUAUUAUAGCACACAUCUAAAAUGAUAAAACUCAAAGAAAUGUGUUAACCCAAUUCAGAGGUUAAAAAAAAUAAGGUUUUAAGAUUGUAUGGUCUGCACACAAAAAUAGGUACUAACUGUCUGGUGAGCUAAAAUCAAAAUAGCUUCAACAGCAUGCCCUACUGUGAAGUUUUAAUGAAGCCUACUUGUUUGUGAAUAUGGCAUUUUCUUUUCAACACAAACGUAAGCAUCAUGAGCCAAAGUUGCAUUUUGACUCCCAAUUAUGGUGGUGUUGUAGGGAUCUCACAGUCGAAGUCAAGGGUUUCUGUUAUGUAUUAGUAAAGUUAUAGAUUAUUGGGGCCUACGUAAUUUAAAAAAUGUAAAUUAAUAUUAAAAGCUUGUAAAAAUAUGUACAUCUUUACUAUU